GUUUUUUAUCCGGGAGAGGUUUUGAAGAGAAGGAAGAAAAGAGUAAAAUGCUUUGUCUUAGGCUUCGUAUUCGACUAAAUCGAAUGUUCAAUAACCUUAACUACAAUGUCUCAGUUUCGUUUCACUACGUAAGUCUAUCUCUUUCGAUCUCUUAACAUAGUGAAAUUCUUUUCUGUUCAUUUUCACUCAUAAUUCUCUUCACUUUUUUUUUUUUUGUUUUUCUUCAUUAUUUUUUCAUGGCUUAUCAUUUCUCUUUUGGUUCUUCAUUGUACCCAAAGCUUCCAUCUUUAAAACCCAAACUUCAAAACCCAUUUUUCUUCAGCUCUUACCCUUCAAUUUCUUGUCAAAUUUAUAGCUCUAAGAGCAAUAGUUCCGAUGAUGAUGAUAAAGCCAAGAAAACCCAUUUCAAUUUUGUUGCUUUACCCAUUACUCUUACUAUAAUCUCUACUUCAUUUCCACAACAAAGUUCUCUUGCUGCAGUUAAAGUAUCUGAUAGGAAAAAAACUCAGAAAAAAACCCAAGAAGCUUUGACCCCUGAGCAGAUAAAACAAUGGUCGAAAAAUCUCCCUAUUGUAACCAACCGGAUUCCAUAUACUGAAAUUCUCAGUUUGAAACAUGAGGGAAAGCUUAAACAUUUAAUUAAGCCGCCUAGUGCUAGUUUGAAGCAAAGGGCAGAGCCAGUUUUAGUAGUUUUAGAAGAUUCUAGGGUGUUAAGAACUGUUUUGCCUUCAAUAGAUAGUGAUAGGAAGUUUUGGGAUUCAUGGGAUGAGUUAAAGAUUGAAUCUUUCUGUGUUAAUGCAUAUACACCUCCAAUUAAGAGGCCUGAGGUGCCUUCUCCUUAUUUGGGAUUUUUAUGGAGGGUGCCUGCAUUUAUGUUGUCGUGGUUUAAGCCGAAGAAGGAGUCCAAAAGGGCGCUGGAAAUUAGGAGACAAAGAGAGGAGUUUAAGAGGCAAAAAACGGAGGAGUUGGCGAGAAUGAGGGAAGAGAGAGAGAUGAUUGAAAAGAUGAUGAAGGCGCAGAAGAAGGAGGAUGAGAGGAGAAAGAAGCGAGAGAUUAGGAAGAGGAAGUAUGAGGAGUCAUUGCGUGAUGCUAGAAGGAAUUAUCAAAGUAUGGCAAAUAUGUGGGCCAGUUUAGCUCAGGAUUCAAAUGUUGCAACUGCGCUUGGAUUGGUGUUCUUUGUGAUAUUUUAUAGGACAGUGGUGCUUAGUUACAGAAAACAGAAGAAGGAUUACGAGGAUAGGUUGAAGAUUGAGAAGGCAGAGGCAGAAGAGAGAAAAAAGAUGAGGGAGUUGGAGAGGGAAAUGGAAGGAAUUGAGGGGGAGGAUGAUGAGGCUGAGCAAGGGGGAGGUGAGCAGAAUCCUUAUUUGAAAAUGGCUAUGCAAUUCAUGAAGUCAGGAGCACGUGUGCGGAGGGCACAAAAUAAGAGACUGCCACAGUAUUUGGAGAGAGGAGUGGAUGUCAAGUUCUCAGACGUUGCAGGUCUUGGCAAAAUCCGGCUUGAGCUUGAGGAAAUAGUUAAGUUUUUCACACAUGGGGAGAUGUACCGAAGAAGAGGAGUAAGAAUACCAGGUGGAAUACUUCUUUGUGGCCCUCCUGGGGUUGGGAAAACUUUACUAGCAAAAGCUGUGGCUGGUGAAGCAGGUGUAAACUUCUUCUCCAUAUCUGCUUCUCAGUUUGUGGAAAUAUAUGUUGGGGUUGGUGCAUCCCGUGUCCGAGCACUUUAUCAGGAAGCAAAGGAAAAUGCCCCUUCAGUCGUAUUUAUUGAUGAGUUGGAUGCUGUUGGAAGAGAGCGUGGUUUAAUCAAAGGUUCUGGUGGACAAGAACGUGAUGCAACCUUAAAUCAGCUUCUGGUAUGCUUGGAUGGUUUUGAAGGAAGAGGAAAUGUUAUCACUAUUGCUUCCACAAACAGACCAGACAUUCUAGAUCCUGCACUUGUGAGACCUGGACGGUUUGACCGAAAAAUCUUUAUCCCCAAACCUGGACUCAUAGGUCGCAUGGAAAUUCUUCAGGUUCAUGCUCGUAAGAAGCCAAUGGCUGAGGAUGUGGACUAUAUGGCUGUUGCAAGUAUGACUGAUGGAAUGGUUGGUGCUGAGCUGGCAAACAUAGUUGAGGUUGCUGCUAUUAAUAUGAUCCGUGAUGGAAGGACUGAGAUUACAACUGAUGAUUUGCUCCAAGCAGCACAAAUAGAAGAAAGGGGUAUGCUAGAUAGGAAGGAGAGAAGUCCAGAGACAUGGAAACAAGUGGCUAUAAAUGAAGCGGCAAUGGCUGUUGUAGCUGUGAACUUUCCUGAUCUCAGAAAUAUCGAAUUCGUAACAAUUGCUCCUAGAGCAGGUAGGGAAUUAGGUUAUGUUCGGAUGAAAAUGGAUCAUAUCAAAUUUACGGAAGGAAUGCUAAGUCGACAAUCCCUUCUUGAUCACAUAACUGUGCAAUUAGCACCCCGUGCAGCAGAUGAACUUUGGUUUGGUGAGGGUCAGUUGAGUACAAUAUGGUCUGAAACAGCAGACAAUGCUAGGUCAGCAGCAAGGAUGUUUGUUCUUGGUGGCCUCUCUGAGAAACAUCAUGGAUUGUCCAACUUCUGGGUUGCAGAUCGAAUUAAUGAGAUAGAUUCGGAGGCAUUGCAGAUAGUGAACAUAUGCUACGAGCGAGCCAAAGAGAUCUUACAGCAGAACCGAAAGCUGAUGGAUGCAGUGGUUGAUGAACUGGUUGAGAAAAAGAGUUUAACAAAACAAGAAUUCUUUGGACUUGUGGAAUUGCAUGGGUCACUUCAGCCAAUGCCACCCAGUAUAGUUGACGUUAGGGUUGCCAAGCGAACUCAGUUCCAAGAAAUGAUGAUGAACCCCAAUGUGAAGGUUACAGGGAGUAGUUCUUCAUAAACCACCACCUAUCUACUUCCUAUUCACAUGUAUAACUUUGCAUCAAUCACUUCCAGGUCAUACCAUCAGGUAUUGCUUGGUAUAAGAUUUUGAUUUCUUUUUCUUGUACUUAGAAAUUUCACUUAUAUUAUCUUUUUAAAUUAAUUUACAACUUUUUACA